AUGUCCAUCCGGAGACUGUCCACGGCACAAACGGGCGGCUCGCGGCCGAAGCCAGAUUCUUCCAAUAAUCAAGAUAUGGCUAGUGCAUCCAACUCCACCGGUUCUGCUCCCCGCCCUGCAGAAGAAAUGUUAUCGGGUGCAGAUAGAGUUUCGCUAGAAUCAACAUCGUCGCUCGACCUGACGCCUUCCACGCCCGACUCGAUGGGGUCGCUUCUGACUGACGACCUCACGUUGCGGUCUUUGCGGGUCGAUGGCAUUGCGGAAGAAGAUUUCAUCGGUGCACGGAUUCUCACUCGGUCCUUGACCAACCUGUCCUUGACGGGCAAUGGCCCAACACAAGGUGGAGAGCAGCCUCCGCUCCAGCGACGCCGAAGCACGGUGACGUCGACGAUCCAAAACAUCACGCGUAAGUUUGGCUACUGGGACAGCGAGUUCCAUGCACAGCGUAUCACCAUCAUUGUGACCAUGCUCACCAACUAUGUCUUCUUGAUUGUAGGGUUCCUUAUAGCCUUGUGCAUCUACUGGGGCGCAUACUAUGACCGAAGCUCCCGCUAUAAGAACGUGCACUUUGGCGUGAUGAUUGCCGAUGACGGCCUAGUAGGAGAAAUGACCAGUCGCUUCUUCGCCUUGCCCGCACUUAAAGCGGCCGGCGACUUCCAUGUGUGGAACGCUUCAUCGAUCCAAGCAACGGCAAGCAAGCUUGGAAUGUCGGCGUACGACUUCAUGCGCCACGAGGUGCACCGAGAGAAGUACCGUGCGGCUUAUUUUGUGAGGCCUAACGCUACAACAGAACUUGCAGUUGCUCUCAACUCUCUCAACACUUCGUUCAAUCCUGCCAAUGAUUUGCUCAUGGCUUACUAUGAGACCGGCAGUGACUAUAAUGGGGUCAACAACUAUUUCUCAUCCAUGGUGCAACUGGUGGUGGCUUCCCAUGCCUCUUUCAUGGAGCAGGUGCCAUGGGCUGCAGCUGUGUUGCAGAUGGUGAAUACAUCCCAUGCCGAGACCAUUUUGGAUCGUGCACCAGAACUCCUCACAAGCUUGCCUCAGUUCAGAAUAGUCGAUGGCAUUCCAGUGAUACCCCAGGUCAUUCAGGCACCUUUGCAAGUUGGUUUGAUUUACUUGUGUAUCUUCACUUUUUUCCAGUUUGUGUUCUCGGCCCCAAUCCACAUGUACAUGUCGACCAAACUUAAGGGACUUCGUUAUGUCGCUUACCGUAUCACCGCUGCUCAGCUCGCUUAUAUCGGUCUCGGUUUUGCAUAUGUUUUGUUGAACACUGCGUUCCAGGUGAGUUUCACCAAAGCCUUUGGAAACCUGGGUUUCUUGGUUAUCUGGGCUUUUGCCUAUUUAACAAUGUCCUCCAUUGGAUCGCUUAUUGAGAUGAUGGUCUUGGUUUGCAUUGCUACUAAGCCCGCAAUGAUUGGCCUAGUCCUCUUGCUUGUUGCUGUGACCAAUUUGGCUCCGACUAUAUCCCCAAUUGUUCUUUGUCCAACUUUCUAUCGUUAUGGAUAUGCGUUGCCCGUCUUCAACUCCUAUCAGUUGAUGAUGGUUGCUUUCUUUGACGCAUAUAAAGGCCAUAUGGGCAGAAACAUCGGUAUCCUUGUGGCAUGGAUCAUUAUUACGAACUCAGGAAUGCCGUUUGUCAUGGGCUGGACCGCCAAGAAGAUGGCACAGAAAGCCGCUGCGGCUAAAGAGAAAACGUCUUAG